UCGCUGAUCUUUCGCGGUUGGUUCGCCUCUUGUCUGAAUGCCCGCACACAACAAUAAAAACCGGGUACCUAAAUACUUGUUUUUACAGAGCUACCUGUCGUUUUAGCUCGUUCUUAUUAGUAUAUUUAUAAGAAAAUCUUUUCAAGCUGCUCCUGAACGAAGUGUGGCAUCAACUUUGACGUAAUUUGCAGUAGACAACGAGUGCUUUUCGCAAAGCAUCAUGGAGUCGCGAACGGAAUUCAAACUUAAAAAUCCACCGACCGAUGCCAUUUCGGCCGUCGAGUUUGGGCCGAAUUCAACACAAUUUUUACUAGUUUCAUCCUGGGACAGCACAGUAAGACUUUAUGACAUACAAACAAACACCAUGAGGUUAAAAUACAAUCAUGAUCUUCCAGUGUUGGACGUGGCGUUUCAGGAUGCCGUUCAUGCGUACAGUGGAGGCUUGGGCAACACUUUGAAGAUGUAUGAUAUCAAUACGAACACAGAAACUGUGAUGGGUACUCAUGAAGAGCCAAUAAGAAAAAUAGAAUACUGUGGAGCGGUAAAUGCCAUUCUAACUGGAGGUUGGGAUGCAGCAGUGAAACUUUGGGAUCCAAGAAGUCCAACUUGUGUAGGAAGUUAUCUUCAGCCUGAUGUUGUUUUAGCUCUUUCUGUUUGUGGAGACAAAUUUGUUGUUGGAACAGCUAAGAGGAAAGUUUGUAUUUGGGACUUGCGAAAUAUGGCUGGCAUGUUCCAGAGGAGAGAAAGCAGUUUAAAGUACCAGACAAGGUGCAUCAAGGGAUUCCCUAAUGAACAGGGAUACGUUUUAAGUAGUAUAGAAGGACGCGUGGCUGUGGAAUACUUGGAUACCACACCUGAAGCUCAAAAGAAAAAGUAUGCCUUCAAGUGUCACAGAAUAAAGGAAAAUAAUGUAGAGCACAUUUAUCCAGUGAAUGCGAUCAGCUUCCACUCUGGUUACAACACAUUUGCCACUGGUGGUUCUGAUGGAUAUGUUAAUAUUUGGGAUGGAUUCAACAAGAAAAGAUUGUGCCAGUUCCAUAGAUACAAUGCUGGUGUUGCAGCUCUUAGCUUCAGUCAGGAUGGCUCCGUGUUAGCUAUUGGAGUUUCAUACCUCAACGAAGCUGAAAUUCCACCUGGUGGUAAUGAUGAAAGAGAAGUUUAUAUCAGAUACGUGAAUGAUCAAGAAACCAAGCCAAAAUAAAAUAACUACUUGAGAUCAUUACAAAGACCGAAUGGAACCCUCCAAUAUCGUGCGACUUCAUUUCUUAGUUAAGUAAAUAUUUCUUAUUUUUAUUCUAAUUAGCAUUUAUUGUACAUUGUAUAAAGUUUACUGAAGUAGGAAUGUUUUUAGACUUGUAAUCUUAUGAACUUUUGUAUAUUGAUAAUACAAUUUUUUGUAUGUGAACAGAAAAAGUAUAUGACGUUUGUGUAAAAAGAAAUAUACUAAUUUAUUUAAUA